AUGUCCACUCUGCAGCUGUUUACUCUUUCUUUGCUCUGCCUUGGAGCUUCUGCUCAGCUUCGAUUCGUCCGUCACAUCCAAGGCACCCAAAAUGGCCUGGUCCAAGCCGAAAAUGCCAAUUCUCUCCGGUUCAAUGAUCCAGUAGCCGCUCAGGAAGUCGCUGAAGUCCGUGGAAAUGCCGUAGACGCCGGUCAAGUGGUCACUGAAGCCGCCGCAGUUGUUGAAGCCCCUCAAGAAGCCGUUGAAGCCAAGAUUGAAGAAGUCUCCGCCGCGCAAAGCCCCUUGGAACGUGCCAUUGCCGCCGCCAAAGCCAGAAGAGACGAAGCUCUUGCCAGGAUCGCUGAAGCUCAAGCCAAAGCCAAGGCAGCCGCUGAAGAAGCCAGAAUCCGUGCCAGAGCCUCGCUGGAGAAAGCGCAAGCCGACGCUAGAGCUAGAUUGGAGAGAGCUCGUGAUCAAGUGAGACCAGUGAUCGCUGAAGCCAAAGCGGCCGUUGUGGACGCCCAGAACGAAGUGCUCACAGCCGCUGGGGAAGCCAGAGACGAAGCUGUCGCCAUUGUUGGCCAAGCAAAAGAUGAUGUCGUUGGAGUCGCUGAAUCGGUCCAAAAUGAUGUUGCAGUUGCCGCAGAAGAGGUCAAAGUGGAUGCCAUUGCCGCCGCCAAAGCCAAACAAGCCGAAAUCCUCGCCAAGAUCGCUGAAGCCAAGGAAAAGGCCAAAGCCGCCGCUGAGGAAGCCAGAAUCCGCGCCAGGACCUCGUUGGAGAAGAUCCAAGCCGACGCUAAAGCCAUUGUAGCCAGAGCUCAAGCCGAUGCCAAAGUGAAAACCGAGAGAGUUCAGACUAAUGUCGCUGCCAGCGAAGCUCAGGUUGAUGUGAAUUAA